GACUUCAGCAAUUUCUGGGACGUGAUCGAGGAGGCCCUGCAGCCCCAGGACGGGCUUCCCGCCGGGAAGCGCGCGGAGAUCGUGGCCAGACAGGGCCGGGAGCUGGCGGACACGUACCUCUCCGAGCGGGGCAUCGACUGUUACGUCAACAUGUACCUCACUGAGUACUACAUCCCGCUGUGGAGCAGGGCGCGCUUUAUCCACGGCGAUCCGCUGCUGAACUCCACGCUGCAGAUGCGGCUGGACGACGCG